GUAAAAUGCAUGAAUAAGAUUAUUAAAAAAGGGUAAUCAAUAAAAAAACCACUCCAAAUAGAGGUAUUAGAAAUACAGUCAAGCCUUGGUUUCCUGAACUCAAAAAUCGCUUGGCUGUUUAAGGUACAAUGAAUCAACCAAAUAGAUUACGAUUAUAAAUAUUUUGCAUUGCCUCCAAAUAAGAUGGUAUCAUUGCUUAAAAAAGAAAACAUCAAAAUUCCAACCGAUACACAAAUUAAAGAAUUUUUAAGAAAACACUCUCUUAAACAUUUGGUUCAUUAUAAUACUGAAGAUUUUUAAAAUAUAGAAGUUAUUUAAACAAAACAAAGUCCCCCCUCAAAAAAUAAUCAAAAUCAGAAUAAAUUUAUAACAUAACCUUAUUUAACAAAUAAUGGAUUUUUUUUGGAUAAAAAAAAACCAAAAACUGCUUAAUAAAAUUUAGAAACCUAAUCAGAGCUGUAACAUUCGAAAAUAAGAAAUCUAUAAUCAUAAAAUGUUUAGAGAAACUAAAAAAUUCAAUUUCCCAAUUAAGAAAUGCGUUUUGAGAAGUUUAAUUUGAGAUUUCAAGAGUUAUCAGUUAAAUCUACUCCAGUAUUGAAUAAUGCAAUUUCUAAAUGUUUUCCAAGCACAAAUAAAAUGAAAAAUAAUAGAAAAAUAAACUUAUUGAUGCGAUCUCUUAAGAAAAUAAAAUUACUUGGUCUCACAAUACCUGAGAUUUUAUAAUAUUAAAUAUUUUAGAAAACUGCAUUUGCAACCUAAAAUUCAAAAGAAUUUAUUUAGGCCUCAAAAAAUAAUAAUAUCGAUUAAAUUAAAAGUUUUUUAUUGAUUCAACCUUUUUUGGUGUUUCAGUUUGACUAUUAUAAUAUGACAGCACUUCAUUGGGCAUGCAAAAAUGGCUAUAUAGAAAUAGUUGAAAUAUUAUUAUAAUAUCAUGCAGAUUUUGAUGCUAUUGAUGUUAUGAAUCGAACUCCAUUAAGUAUUUCGAUUUCAGAAAAUUAAAAAGAAAUUGUUAAAUUACUUCUAAUUUAUGGAGCCUAUCCUUGGAGUACUAUUUUAACUGAUUUAAAGAAACCUUUAUAACGUUAUCCUGAAUUAAAAAAAAUAAUAAGUCAAGCAAGAAAAUUUUAAAUUUUAAAUAAAUGGAGUCGGGUCACCUAAGCUAAGUUAACAAUUAGCUGGUGA